ACAUAUUUAGAAUUUUCACACAAGCAUAUUUUAAUUGUUUUGGUUGUUUUUAAUUUGUUUUGCCUGUCGUCGGAGACAGACAAGAGAAAAACAAACACAAUCAUAUUUGUAUACAUAAAGAAAAUUCGAUAUAGAGCGAGUAUAGAAUCUGUUUAGCAAGCUAACUAAACUAAAUUGGUUUGCGAUUAAAUUGUCAUUGCAACAAGAUGCCGGUGGAUGAGAAAAUCUAUUUCGAGGACCAGCCGGGCAGGAAGUUCGAUCGCUGCAUGGCCAAUGCCAUUGUCAAGGGCGGAGGCGGCUUCGUGGUGGGCGCGGUGAUAUCGCUGCUCUUCCUACGCCGGCGCAUGUGGCCGAUCCUGCUGGGCACUGGCUUCGGCAUCGGCGUGGCCUACAAGACAUGCGAGAAGGAGCUGAAGACUUUCAAGUGACUGAUUGAGCAGCAGCAGGCACCAACUAGGACACUAGGACACAGUUAAGUGCGGACCAAAGCACAUCAAAAAUAAAAAAAAAACACACACAGUUAAGUGGAGGCCAACGCAUAUAUAAACAAUAACAAAAAAAAGCGGUCAACGCAUAUAUUUUACAUUCGAAUAGACACCAGCACACACACACACACACACACACACACACACACAUGGAGAUUUGCAGACUUGUUUUGUCUUUUUCUGUUCACUUGGCACACACCAAUUAAAAUUCAAUAAAAAGAAGCGAACAAAAAUAAAUAAAGCGCUUCCAAUGAAAAUGA